CCCCACGGGAGCGGGCGGAGCAUUACGGUUAACCAACGGGACCCUGAGAAAGAAAACUGUUCAAAUUUAUAAAUUAUAAUAAUACGUUAUAGAUAUAUCAGAGUUCAUUUUCAUUCGUUUAAAAAUAUAAAGAUUUUAAAUUAUAUAAUUAUAAGUCGUCUGAGCAUAUGGCUGCGUGCAUAUCUUUUCGCUGCUCAUUCCUUCCACCUCUAUCAGUGAAGUGGGCAUGUAUUUGACUGUAAGCAGUGGUACUCAGUCAUUAUCUGCUUACUGGAUCUGCUUACUGGAUCUGCUGCAUGGGCACCAUGGAAGACAUCAAUUUAACAUCAUUUCCGAACGCGUUGGAAGAGCCUUGGAAUUAUAAUUAUCCAAACUCCAGUGGGUGGCCAAGUGAAACAUACUGCGAUAGAAUAUCAGACAUGCAUCUGUAUGAAAAAGUCAUCCUACCUAUUUUGUAUAUCUUGGUGCUUCUCGUGGGUUUGACAGGGAAUGGCCUGAUGCUAGCCGUCCUGCUCAGCUGCGGCAGAGGCAGCGUACGCAUCACAGAAGUUUACCUGAUGCACCUGGCACUGGCCGACCUGCUCCUCCUCUGCACCUUACCCUUUAUCCUGAUUUCCAACAUCCAAGGUUGGAUUUUUGGCAGCUUCUUAUGCAAGACGCACCAUGUCUUCAGAAACCUCAGCUGUCACUGUGGGAGUGUCCUACUGGCUUGCAUCAGCUUCGACCGCUACAUAGCCAUCGUACACGCUGUGCAGCACCUGGGCAAUCGACGUCCUUUGAGCGUACACUGGAUCUGCGCCGUGGUCUGGCUAGUCUGUUUGGCUUUCUCUGUACCCAACACAAUGUUCUACUAUGUCAAGGAAGAAUUUCCUAACUCCACUUUCCUAAUGUGUGAAUUGUUUGGCUCUGAUGACCACACCAGCAACUGGCUCUUUGCUUCACGCCUCAUUGCCCACUUGUGUUUCUUCCUGCCUUUGGUAGUCAUGACCUAUUGCUACUCAGCAGUUGUAUUCACGCUGUGCCAAAGAGGGACCAGCAGGGAGAAGCAAGGGGCCAUCCGUCUCGCCAUGAUCAUCACCAUCAUUUUCCUCUUUUGCUGGCUUCCUUACAACAUAUCCCUGGUAACGGAGAGUCUCACCAUUUGGAAUAUUAUAGAUUUGCCCUGUGAGGCUUUGAAACUGCUUGACAAGGUUGUUGUGGUAUCAGAGAGCAUCGGUUAUAUGCACAGCUGCCUUAACCCGAUUCUCUACGCCUUCCUGGCAGUUAAAUUCCGCCGGGACCUCCUGCGUAUGCUGAGUCGCUCUCCCUGGCUAAAACGCCACCUGGAAGCGGAUAGGAUAAGUUCGCUGUUCACGUCGACGAGAGCAACCACCACAAGCAACAGCUACGUCUGAUACCAAAGGCUGUCUGUCAUCUUCUGUCCACCCAGGACGGGUCCAGCUGAACUUCAAAGAACAGCGAGCGAAGUUACUUCCAGUCCGCCUGAAUGAGCCUGAACAAGCCUGAAGAACAUAAGAAAUUUACAAACCAGAGGGGGCCAUUCGAAGUGAACAAGUGUGAAAUUUUAUCCCAUAUUAUGCAAAUCAUGUAUAUAUUGUACUUUCUCAAGGUUGUUUUUCUUUUAUCUUGUCCAAGUUCAUAGCAGUAUUUAUGUUCUCAUGACAUUUUGCAGAGCUAAGUACCAAGGAAGUGUUAAAUACAGAAGCUGGAAUAUUAUCUACUUUGUAAAUAUCCCUAUCUGCAUAAAUAACCAAUUACAUAUGUGUAUUAUUUUCAAAUAUCAAAGGAGCAAUAUACCCACUGGUUGUUAAGUAUUGCUAAACAAAAAAAAUAGUGCGAGACUAAUAUGUAAUUUUCUGCUUUUUUGAUAGCUCAUGAAAAAAUUAAAAAAUUUUGGCAAAGG